ACCCCGAGGCGGGACUUACAUGUCUCAGUUGUAGGCUACUCGAGGAGGAUUCAUUCAUAAGACAAAAUCUGCUUGUUUGUACCGUAAUUCCGCCGUGCAUCCGCCGGGUCGUGCCGCUGAACGGACUUUAUGGAUCUAUCGAGUUUCGGAUUGAAGUCAUUUGAACGAUUAUAAGGAAGGAAAGCACCUAUUUGGAACAAUUUCCGCCGCUCGCUUGUUGCGGUGAGGUGGACUAAAGCUUCUUCAUGCAACUUUUUUGGAAAGACACCAGGAGCAACUCACCGGGAAACAGCGAGACAAGUAACGGCUCGAAACCCCUUCUCGGCCCCCGCGGGGAAAUGUACCAAGGGUUCCCCGGCGACCCUGACAGCGGAUCCCGUGGAAGCUCCUCCCCAUCCAUAGAGUCCCAAUACCUUUCCUCCGUGGACUCCUUCGGAAGCCCGCCGACCACCAACGCUCCGCAGGAGUGUGCGUCAGCUCCAGCUGGCUUGAGUAUUGUGGGCAGCGGGCUCGGAUCCAGCAGCGGAGGGGAGAUGCCUGGCUCAUUCGUGCCGACAGUCACUGCUAUCACUACCAGCCAGGACCUGCAGUGGAUGGUCCAGCCGACCCUCAUCUCGUCCCAGGCCUCGGGGCAGAGCGGCACCACCGGCACCUCCACCAUGACCAGAGUAUCGCUGGUUGAUCCCUACGAUAUGCCAGGACCGAGUUACUCCACCGGUUCCGCGUUCACUCCUCCGAGUUCGGACACUCCCGGCCCAGCACCGGGCCCCAUCCGCCAGUCCAGAACCCGUAGCCGUCGCACUCGAGAAGAGUCUGUGAGUGAAGAUGGAGAUGUUGGUGUGUUACUGACUCCUGAAGAGGAAGAGAAACGACGUGUCCGUCGGGAGAGGAACAAACUGGCUGCUGCGAAGUGCAGAAACCGGCGACGUGAACUCACAGACAGACUGCAGUCGGAGACAGACGUCCUCGAGGAGGAGAAAGCCGAGCUGGAGGCGGAGAUCUCUGAGCUGCAGAAGGAGAAGGAGCGCCUGGAAUUUGUCUUGGUGGCCCACCAGCCCAAUUGCAAAAUCAUGUACCAGGAGCAGCCUCAACCAAGCUCAAUGCAGCUCCCUGCUCAGACCUUACAAGCAUCCACUUCCAUUGUGGACUUGGCAGUGAAGGAAGACUCUUUCUAUCUGCCUCCUGCCUACACGGGCCACCCAUCCUCCACACAGUCACAGAUUCCGCCUCAGCAGCAGCAGCAGCACCAGCAGCAGCCGCAGCAGCAGCAACAGCAGCAACAAGUGCAGCAGCCUCAGCCAGGAAUGAUACAGGAGGUAGAGUUUUCUCGUUCUUUCUAUGGCCCGAGUGAGGCAACGGCGCCUGGCGGGCCAUGCUUCAUGGCCGGCGACGGUGGUGGUGGUGGUGGUAACCAUGACGAUGUGGGCAUUGCCAGCCACAGCACUUCAUACACAUCUUCAUUUGUGUUCACCUACCCAGAGGGAGCCUGCGGGGUCAGUGCCAACCAUCGGAACAGCAGUAGCGAGCAGUCAUCCGAUUCCUUGAACUCGCCUUCCCUGCUGGCGCUCUGACUGACCGACCAAACGUGCACAUAUCUUAACUCUCGCUGAGUAGGGGACUGACUGCCCCCCCAUUGAGUUAAAAAACAAAAUUACAGCACAUUCCAAGAGAGAGACGGUUUCAAAUUGCUUACGUCAAUCAGACAGAUUGCACAUGAGAUACAGAUUAAACUAAAAUCGGUCUUCAGCGAGCUGCCACAAACUCUACCGGUGCCCCCCACCUUGUUCCCUCUGAGGGUUUCUCAUUCCCUCCUCCAUCCCUCCCCUUCCACCCUCGUGUUUUGCCCAUUGCCCAGAGGAGAGACACUCACUGCUUAACUCUUCAUCUGCCCGACUCUCCCCGCAGCUUCCUCAUGCUUGGAGUCAGCGAUCACCACAUUUUUACAAUUCCUCUGCCGUUUCUCCUUUUCUGUCUUUUGUUUUUCUCCUCCUUUUUCCUUAAAGUCCUCUACGCCCGAGAGUCCGAAGACACCCUCCAGCCCUUGGGACCUUGAGUGAACGGCCAAACCUAACACUCACACACACCUUAACUGCUCCCUCUGGACCAGGACCGUGAUUCUGCUGGGUGUUAACGAACACACCCUUUACUGGGAGCUGCCAAUCGACAUUUGGAGACACGGUUGAUGCAAAAAAAAAAAAAAAAGGCGUGGAUCUUUAGAUGAGCCAUUUCUCGCCCAGAUGAAGACAUACUUUGAUUGAUUGUCUUUAGAGAGGUGCUUUUGUUGUUGUAAGUCAAAUGCAAUGUGAGCAAAAAAAAUUAUAUUCUCGCUUGUCCAGGUCAUGUAAUCCAGAAGAGUUGAAGUGUGGCUAGUGAGAUUUUCUUGAUUGUUGAAGAUGUUUUCCAUUUAAAGUCCAUAGGCUUGUCAGUUCUAAACUUUUAUGUCUGGAGUUUAACAAUUGGGGUAUAUUGCCCUCAAAUGCACACCUCAGACUGCUACCUAAAAUUUUAGAACUGAAUAAUAUUUUUGGAUUUUAAGUGCUUUCAUCAAGGAAGAAAAGUCCAGUUGCCUUUAAUUAACCUUUGCAGAUCAAGUAAAAGAUUCUGCUCCAGGUAAUUGUGUAGAGAAUUGCCCUCUCGGUUUAAUGCAUCACCAUGCCUUGUGGCUUUUGAGUCUCUGCUUUGUGCUUUUCAUGUCUGUUUGCCUUUACUGGGCAGUGCAGAAAACCUCUAAACAUCAGGCAUGCACACUAGUGCACCUUGCCUGUUUAUUUCUUUCUUGAGUGAGGUUGUUGCCAAGGCUGACCCAGGAACAAAAAGAGGUGCCAAAGCGCUCUCUUUGCCUGUGAAUUUGUGCCAUUUGUUUUUCCCCAUACGUUCCAGUGAGACUUGUUACAUAUUUCAAUGUCUUUUUAUGUAUUUGAUUGUUCUGCUUCGACUUGUACCCCCUGAUCUCGGUCUACUUCCAAGCUCUUGCUGUUCUACUUGCAUCAAAAUUACAUUUUCCCCCCAUUAUUUGAAUGUGUUUUCAUGUGGCAACUUUGGAGGCAUGUUGUGCACUUACAGGUUUUUUCGUGCGUCGAAAGUAAAAAAAAAAAAAAAAAAAAGACCUUGUUUAAAGUCUGUAUGCCUAAAUGUAUAAAGAUAUAUAUAUAGAGUAUUAGCGUAUGUGCUAUGAUUGUCAAAUAUGAAUGUGUUGCAGCUCUAAAGGAUAUUUUUGUCAAUGAAGAAAUUUAAAAGAUUUUACUGAGUUUACUUUUAAAAGAUAUGAAUAUUUUUCUAUGAAAGUGAAAAAAUAUAUAAAGAUAUAUAUGAUAGAUUUUGAAAAAGAAAAAAGGCCCUGUCCCUUAACAUGAAGCAAAAUGUUACUGCUUCUCGCCAUGUGUAUCGAUGUUUUUUAAACACUAUAAAGCACUAUAGAAGACAAAGUCAAUGUAUGUGUAUAACUAUGUUUAUGUAACAAGGUUUGUGGUGAGGCCUUUUGUUGUCUGAUUUUUCUCUGUGAGGUCUAACACAAAGCUACUGACACCGGCACUUUAUCUUCUAAAAUCUAAAUUAAAAAACAAAAAAAUGGAGUAUGCUGAAGUCCCUUUACAUUUACGCAAUGUUAUCUACUACUCAUGUGCAUCUGCCCUACAAUAAACCGAUAAUGUUGUACAAUAACUAACUCAAAGGUGUACAGUGUAUCACAAAAGUGAGUACACCCCUCACAUUUCUGCAGAUAUUUAAGAACAUCUUUUCAUGGGACAACACUGACAAAAUGACACUUUGACACAAUGAAAAGUAUUCUGUGUGCAGCUUAUAUAAUAGACUUGAUUUAUUUUCGC